ACUCCAGUAUUCUUGCCUGGAGAUUCCCAUGGACAGAGGAGCCUAGCAGGGUCCAUGGAGUCACAGAGUCAGGCACGACUGUGUCUAACACCACCAACAUGAUAGUUUUAAUAUUUUCUUCUCUCAUCUUAAAGACCACAGUUCCAAAAGGCUGUCAAACGAGUCUAGAAUUCAAGGGAGGACACAAGACCAUGGACUGGGGUAGUGUGGCUUUGGAAAUUGACAAAAACAGGGUUCACCUGUAAGUGGUAGUGGUUCAUUUGCUUAGUGGAGUCUGACUGCGACCCCAUGGACUAGAACUGGACAGGCUCCUCUGUCCGUGGAAUUUCCCAAGCAAGAAUAUUGGAAUGCGUUGUGAUUUCCUUCUCCAGGGGAUCUUGGGCACCUAGAGAUCAAACCCACCUCUCCCUCACUGACAGGUGGAUUCUUGACCACUGCACCACCUGGUGGGGAUUUUUUUCUAGGAGGCAUAGGAUCUAGAUCAUCUGAGUAUCAAGAAUUCCUUCAGUUUGGGCAAUUUUUGAGACUUGGUAUGGCAAGUUUGAUAAAUGGUGUUACAAAGGCAACAGCAAUGCCAAGUAGGGAAAAGGGGACCGGGGAGGAGAGGAGGGUACGGGAUGUAUGUUAACAGUGAUGGCCAAGGUGGCAAGAAGUGAUUUAAAAACCAGAGGCGAUGCGGGCCCCCUAUCACCGCACCAUGGCUGCAGUACCUGCUUUAUUUGCAGUUCCUUCCGGCUGUGUUUACUGGUCUGUUUUUACUCUUUCGGGCACUACUUUGUCCUACCAUUGCCUCUUAGUAUUCCAGGUCUACAUAAAUGACAUUCUCCCCUUAUAGGGAUUGCAAAGGAAUUGUUGCGGAGCGUAAACGACCUUUGAUUGCUAGGGCGGGGGUCUAAGCGAUCCUUAACCCUGGGGGAUCAAAUAAAUACAAGAUGAAACACCUGUGGGCAGGCAGAUGGCCCUGCCGCCUGCUGCGCGGCCGGGACUGGUGGGCGCGCGCGGGGGCUGUGCGUUUCUUCACUCCCCCACCCGCUCUCCGCGAGCCCUUUAAGGCGCCGGCGCGGCGCUUGCGUGAAAGUGCGAGGCGACGCGUGGCCGCACUCACUGGGCGCAGUCCGCCGAGCUGCUGCGUGGCCAUGGACAUAGGCGCCGAUGAGUUUGAGCAGAGCCUCCCUCUGCUGCAGGAGCUCGUCCUGGGUGCGGACUUCGUGGGUCUGGACAUAGAGUUCACGGGCCUUCGUUCUAACCUGUCUGGGCCCCAGCAGAUCAGUCUGUUUGACUUGCCAUCAGAGUGGUAUCUAAAGACCCGUCAGAGUGUUCAGCAGUUCACCAUCUGUCAGAUCGGAUUGUCUGUGUUCUCCAGUAUUGAAGGCGAGUCGAACAAGUAUGUAGCUCAUUCAUGUAACUUCUUCCUCUUCCCUACGACAUUUGGGGUUUUGGACUCAGAGUUCUCUUUCCAGGCUUCCAGUGUUCAGUUUUUGAACCAGUAUGGCUUCGACUAUAACAAGUUUCUCAAAAAUGGGAUCCCCUAUAUGAACGAAGAACAGGAGAAGAAAAUUAAGCACAACAUCCUGACUGGGAACUGGAAAGUUCGCAGCUCUCUGGACAAAGACCAGAUCAAGGUGGUGAUUGACGAGGUGACGCGCUGGCUGGACCUGGCGGAGGAAGGGGACUGGAUGACCCUCCCUGGUAUUGCUGGCUUCCAGGCCUUCGAGGUCCAGCUCGUACUGAGGAAGGCCCUCCCUGACAUCUGGACGGUGCUGAGAGACCAAGGGGUGAUUGUGAAGAAGGUGAGUACUCAGCACCGCUGGUAUCUUGAGACCACCUCCUGUGAUCGAGAGAGCUGCUGGAAGGAGAAGAUCCUUCUCUCUGCAAGGGGCUUUUCUGUGUUUUUCCAGAUGCUGGUGAAAGCCCGGAAGCCCUUAGUGGGACAUAACAUGAUGAUGGAUCUGCUGCAUCUCCAUGAGAAGUUCUUCAGACCUCUCCCAGAAAGCUACGAUGAAUUUAAGCUGAAUAUCCACAACCUAUUUCCUGUUCUCAUUGACACCAAGAAUGUGACAAAGGAUAUCUGGAAGGAACUCAAUUUCCCAAGGGUUUCAAAUCUUUCAGAAGUUUAUGAAGUCCUGAGCAGUGACUUGAAUCCCACCAAGAACUCCGGGCCGGUGAUCAUUCACGCCAGCAGGUGUGAGAAGUACGUGGAGACCAAGUACCCCCAUGAAGCAGCAUACGACGCCUUCCUGUGCGGGUCAGUUCUGUUGAAAGUGGCGCACCUGCUCCUGUGGAAGGUACACAGCGCUGUUCCCAUCCCCGAGCCCAGCUUCCCGCUCUACCUGGACGUGCUGGUGCCCUACGUGAACCAGAACUUUGCGGGCCCAGACUCCCCUGGCAUCCGCCCCCCCAUCCUCAUCCUCACCGUCAGGAAGUGGCCUGGGGUCAGCGAGCAGCAGGUCUACUGCGAGUUUCAGAACCUCUGCAAAUUCGACGUCAGAAGGCUCACACGGAGCCAGUUCCUGCUCAUGACCAAUAAGUUCAAGGACACACGGAGCAUCCUGAAGGAGUACAAGGGCCACCCGACGCUGCAGAUCUCCCUGUACCGCUACUGGAGACACUCCCCGAACAUCAACUGCCUGCUACAAGUGUGCGGCGUCAUUACCUCCUGGGCCUUCAUCGCGUUUCUCCUGGGAGGAGCUGGCCCGUGAGGGCAGCGAGGCCGCCUGCAGCUCCGUCCUGUCUGCACGCGACCCCCGCAGGGCUGUUUGUUUGCUCACAUCCUCCGUGCAGAUGGAUCGGUACCGUCCUCACAGGGAACUGUGUUCUGGUUUCAACGUGAAAAAGUCUGUAAAUAUUAUCACCGAUAAGUCGAUAAGUCCUUUGUUUGUGGCCCAAACGUUUCUUUCUAUAAAUGACUGAGGAGAAGUAACAUCUCCUGGGCGUUUAAGCUCACGUUCCAGAGCAUCUUCUGAAUGGACAGCUAGGCAUCCAGCGGAGCUGGCCACUGAGCGAGCCAAAGGCUCUGUUAUUUCUGGCAGAGAAAUCAUUAGCCAAUCGGUUGACAGGGAUUUAGGCCUUAUAAAUGGCCUACAUUUUAGUAAAGGGGAAAAGUAAAGCCAAGUGUCCAUGUGCACAGGUGUUGAUCUGUUUUUAUUUAUUUUGGGGUUUCUCUUUGGGGUUUUUUUGUUUGUUUGUUUUCUGGGUCAAAAAUAGUUUUUACUGAGGAGAAAAGACUCCAGCCUACAAAUGUGCUACUUGUAGUUAAAAUUUUAUAUGUUUAAGUUGCAGAAUAUAGUAUUUCAUAGGUUAGAACAGAGAACAGUUAAUAUCAGAAUCAGGGAAAAUGCCAUGCAGAACAAGUAAAUAGGACAUCGUAUCGUUAGGUUUGUGUAGCUCAACUCUAGUGAGUGUAAAGGCAGGUUGAUUUUCCUUAUUCAUCUGUUCACUGAUUCAGCAAAUAUUUACUGAACUUCUAUGAUGCCUAAGAUGUUAGAACGUGUCUUUUGGAUGUUUAUGGUAAUAGUCAUUUAGUUUUUGUUUUUUAACUGGGUUGCCAUUUAUAAAAUUACACAUGGCCCCUGAUGUUUUGCUAAGAAGCUUCCCCUCAGAUAAAUAGGGGUAGAGCAGACUACGGUUUUAUGGUCCAUGUUUGAGAUAAACAUUAUAAACCCUAAAGCAUUAAUACUCACUUUGGAAACAAAGUGACCCGUAGCACAGGUGUGUGCCCCGAGACAGGUAGGAUCAGAUUCUUUUCUUUCCUCAGCAGUGCCGUGCACGUCACUUGGCUUUAUCGGGAGCUGUUCUCUGUUGGGGGUUGAACUUGGCUGGGCUGUGUGCUCAGCCUUGAACUUGAUUUCAUUAUUCAGCAAAGCCUUGAGCUCUGUGCAAAAGAGGUUUUUUCCUCUGUAAAAGCAGAAGUGUUAAGAGAUGGCAGUCACCCAGAAGAAGAGAUUGGAAGCUGCCAUUCUGGAACUCCCCUGUCGUCCUGGGGUGUGAGUGACACGCUGACCGAUGGGCUGCUGUCCCUACAGCCUUCCGGGCAGCUCUUGUGUUCAGACCAGUGAAAGGCUUCCCUCGGUCGGGGGAAGGUGGCUUUGUCCAUCUGUCCACACAGCGUCUUAGGGGAAUUUUUUUCUUUUUUUAAUUUAUUUGGCCACACCAGGUCUUAACUGUGGCAUGCAGGGAGUCUUAGUUGGCAGCAUGUGGGAUCUAGUUCCCUGACCAGGGAUCGAACCCGGGCCCCCUGCACUGAUAGCACUGAGUCUUAGCCACUGGACCACCACGGAAGUCCUGGGGGAUUUUUGUUUUGUUUUUGUCUUCCUGUUGGAUAUUCCUUUGUGUAUGCUGUGGAAAAUUCCCACUGUUUAUGGGCUUUUGGGACCCUGUCUCAUGGAUGUGAGCCGUGCAGUCAGUAAGCAAACCUGGGCAGUGAAAACAGAUUUCUCAGCUGAGCCUGUGCAGUGGCCAUGUUGACCUCCUGGCAUCAGGGCGCUGAGCACUAAGCUGUCUUAGUUCUGGAGCAAGAGACCCUGUAGUGGUUUUAUCGGACGUUACUCAUUUGCUCUUUAACUCUUUGUUUCUUCAUAAGUUGUUGUGGAGUCCGUGCUACGGGCGCCCUCACCAGGGCCUCUGCGCUGCAGUCAGCGUCAUGCCGUCCGUCCGUCCGUGGGGACCCUGGCUGGCCGCAUGGUCUGCUUUCCCUCCUGGAGAGGCUUUGGUGGUGGGAUCUGAGCUGCUCAACCCAUGACCUCAAUCGGCUUCCAUUUAUUAACUUCCCUGAGGAUUCUCCACGGGUUCCGCGCUGGAGGUGCCGAGUCCAGGAAGCGCCCUGCUUGUACCACCUCCCACCCUGUGUCCCCAGACAGAGCCUCGGGGGCUUGGGGGGCAGCUCUUGGGCUCCUGCCCCCGCUCUCUCCUCAGCUCAGCUAGUUCUUCACGUCGGUGCAUCUUGUGCCGUGCCUUCCCCAUCAUCAAAGGAAAGAACCAAAGUGAGAAACAGAUAAAGCAGACUCUCCCCUCCAGUCUGUGUAUACAUAUGUGUGUGUGUGUCUCACGUCUUCCUUACCCACUCGUUUGCUGAUAGACUUCCAUUGUUUCCAUGUCUUGGCUGAGGUGAAGAUUGCUGCAGGAAACGGUGGGUGUGCAUAUCUCUCUUUGAUAGUUUGUUUUCAUUUCCUUUGGAUAUAUACCCAGAAGUGGGACUGCUGGAUCAUAUGGUAGUUUCAUUUUUAAUUUUUUGAGAAACCUCGACGUCGUCCUCCAUAGUGACUGAACCAGUUUACAGUCCCACCAAUAGUGCACACGGAUUGCCUUUUCCCCACAUCUUUGCCAAUACUCAACUUGCAACCUGUCGACUUGCAACCUGUCGUCUUGAUAAUAGCCAUUCUUACAGAUGUGAGUUUAUCUCAUUGUCUCAUUGUGGGUUUGUUUGAUUUUUUUUGGCUGUGCCACUGGCUUGUAGGGUCUUAGUUCACUGAUCAGGGAUUGAACCCAGGCCCUGGCAGUGAAAGCACCAAGUCCUGAAUCCCAACCCCUGGACCGACAAGGGGAUUCUCUUUGUGGGUGGUUUUGAUUUGCAUUUCUCUGACGUGGCUCAGUGGUGAAGAACCCACCUGCCAUGCAGAAGGUGUAGAUUCAAUCCCUGGGUUAGGAAAAUCCUCUGGAGAAGGAUAUAGCAACCCACUCCCAGUAUUCUUGCCCAGGAAAUCCCGUGGACAGAAGACAGAGGUGGGCCACAGUCCACGGGGUCGCAGAAGAGUCCGUCACAACUUGGUGCCUCAGCAACAACAAACAGCAACGGUUAGUGACGCUAAGCACCUCUCAUGGACCUGUUGGUCAUUUGAAUGUCUUCGUUGGAAAAAUGUCUCUCUGGUUUCUCUGCCUGUUUUAAAAUUGGACUGUUUGUUUUUUUCUUCAUUGAAUUAUGUCAGUUCUUUAUAUACUUUGGGGUGUUAACCCCUUAUCUGAUACAGAUUUCCCCCACUCUCUGAAAGCAGAGCUUUCCUAUGAAACCUUCUGAAAGCCCCAAUGGAGCAAAGUGAAGAAGCAGUUACCUGAGGACACAUGUUGCUCGUAAAAUGUCCAGAUGGAUGGGGAUAAAGCACAGAUGCUCAUAGACAGUGCGGACCAUAGAGUGGGGUGCCGAGGUGCUAGAGUGUAACUCCUGGGGGAGGAGCCUGGUGACGCCAGUCUUGCUCUUGAGGUGACGCUGCCCCUAGGACUUCUUGCUGCAAAACAAAUACUGAACACUGUCUCUGCUUUUUAUCUUUUUCCAUAAAAAUGAAAAACUUGAUUCCUUUCAGCUAGGAAGAUCAGGUACUAAUGUAGGCCUUUUGAAAAAGCAAAGUGGCUUAAAACCAAAAGGAGAUCUCUCCAAGGUUGUGCAGCUCUUUCUCCCAUUCUGCAGGCUGCCUUUUUGUUGUGUUGAUUGUCCGUUUUGCAGCGCAGAAACGUUUAAAUGUGAUGUAGCCCCACGUGUUGAUUUUUUUUUUCCUCUUUGUGCUUUUGGUGUCAUAUCCUAAAAUCAUUGCCAAGAGCAAUGUUGAGAGGCUUCCUCCUUAUAUUUUUCUCCUAGGAAUUUGAUAGUUUCAGGUCUUAGGUUUAAGUCUGAGCCCCUUCGAGUUACUUUUUGUGUGUGGUGUAAGAUAAGGGGUUCAUUUCAUUUUUCUACUGUAUUCAGUUUUCCUAACACCUUUUGUUGAGACAACCCCUUCCUAAUUAUAUGUUCUUGGCUCCCUUAAGAAAUAUUAAUUGACCAUAUUACAAGAUCUUAAUUUUAUCUUUAUCAUUCAUUAUAAGAACUCAUGCAAGUCCUCUAGAAUGUUUUAUGUAAUUAAGAAGGGUAAGGAACGUUCCUGGCAGUACAGUGGUUGAAACUGUGCAUCUGCUGCAGGGGGCCCAGGUUCGAUCCCUGAUCAGAGCACUAAGAUCCCGCAUGGCACAGCCCCAAAAAAGGGGGAAAAAAACAAAGUACUGAAUAUUUAUGGAUGGACAUUUCUUACAAUUUCGUGUCUAUAGGACUUCACUGGGUACCCUCCCUUCUCCUUGCAGCAAUGUAACUGCUGUGGAAACAGGACUGAUAUUAAUAUUCUUACAGAUCUGAGCAGACAGGGAUCCCCAUGAGAACUGGGGAUGAGAAGGCAGGGAACUAAUGUACAACCAGAACUGUGGGCUUAUUUGGCCAUGUAGAGUCUUAUUUACCUGAAGACCUGAAAACUCCACUUUCCACUUGUGGAAGAAAUGAGCUAGUCUUACCUUUAAGAUCGCCACAUGCUAGUUUUGAUCCAGAUACUCUGCUUUUGUGUCUUCCAAUAAAUACAAUGUGUGAAAUUUCUAA